UGCAUCACGUAAAACACCUGAUAAGCAAAGAUGGCGGUAUUUCCGAUGCGGUUGUUUUUGUGAAGUUUUUUGGAAUUAAUGUCGUUUGACUCAACGAUCCGUUGUUGACGUCAACCGUGUGUUUAUGUGAUUGUUGCGUAGAACAACAGCUCUGCUCGGUUGUGCGGGUUAUUACGGUGCCUCGUCGUAAUCAACCGUAAUCGGUCAGGAGACAGCGGCGUGGACGCGUUAUCCAACUAACUAAACAUUUCAUCAGCUCGAAUAUGAAGGAGACUUUGUCUCUGGUCCAGAAGCUGAGCGCACACCCGGACUCCCGGUGUUGGUUCGUCAGCUGGAACCCCUCUGGAACCCUGUUAGCUUCAUGUGGGGGAGACAAGGCCAUCCGGAUAUGGGGGCGAGAAGGCGACUCUUGGAUAUGUAAGAGUGUCCUACAGGACGGACACCAGCGUACUGUGAGGAAGGUGGCGUGGUCUCCCUGUGGGAAUUAUUUGGCCUCCGCAAGCUUUGAUGCAACCACAUGCAUCUGGAAAAAAAAGAACAAUGACUUUGAGAGCCUGACUGUGUUGGAAGGACAUGAAAAUGAGGUCAAAUGUGUGGCUUGGGCCCCUUCAGGGAAUCUGCUAGCAACAUGUAGCCGAGACAAGAGUGUCUGGGUGUGGGAAGUGGAUGAAGAUGACGAGUAUGAGUGUGUUACUGUAAUAAACUCUCACACACAAGACGUCAAGCAUGUUGUGUGGCAUCCGACGCAGGAGCUCCUGGCCUCAGCCAGCUACGACAACAACAUCUGCAUUUACAAAGAAGAGGAUGACGACUGGGAGUGCCGAGCCACCUUGACAGGACACACAUCCACAGUCUGGAGUUUGUCCUUUGAUGCCAAAGGACAAAGACUAGCUUCCUGCAGUGACGACCGCACUGUGAAGAUUUGGAUGGAAGGAUCUGAAAGCAGACAAAGUGACGUGUCAUGGAAGUGUGUUUGCACACUGUCUGGCUUCCACGGGAGAACAGUGUACGAUGUUGCCUGGUGUCCCCUGACUGGUGCCUUGGCAACGGCGUGCGGUGAUGACGGAGUGCGAGUGUUUAGGGAGGAUGAAUCGGCAGAUCCACAGCAGCCGCUGUUCUCGCUGGCUGCUCAGGUGACCAAAGCCCACAACCAGGAUGUCAACUGUGUCUCCUGGAACCCGAAGGAGCCAGGCCUCCUGGCCUCCUGCAGUGAUGAUGGAGAAAUCGCCAUCUGGAAGUUCCAUGAGGAAGACUAACUGUCUAAUCCAUCUAACUUACCAUUUACUGAACAAAAACAAUUAUUGCAGGUUACACUGGAAACUUUGCUCCCAAAGUCAGUGUGUUAUUUUUCAUGUAGUCUUUGCAGCAUCUGUAACUUUUGCUUAACUUUAGCAUUUUACAUGUGAUUAAACUGAUUAAAAUGCUUCUUGUAUUCUGAUAUUCUACAGACUCACUCAAAAUCUAUCACCAUGUCAUGUUUUUAAAUAAACCCUUAAACUAUUA